UUCCGAUCAAUCAAUCACAGCGCCUCUCCUCCUUGCUACUGGUGCUGUGGUGGGACGCCACCUUGUUUGUGACGUCACCGUUUGCCACCCUCCACACCCAGCUACACGCAAACUUCCUUCUGACCAUGGCACGCCGCGCUUCCCCCAUGGAGCUGCUGCUGCUUCUUCUUCUGACAACCGCCUUGAGCCCAGUCAAGGCCGCCACCACCACCUACGAGACGGUGGACAUCACGCUGAUUUCUGACACUGGAGCGACUGUCGUGUUUGAGCAGACGUUCGAGCUUUUGGACGAUGCCAACAUCUCCACCGUCGUGCCAUCAUUUGGACAAGUGGGAACCCGCGUCACCGUCUCUGGGCAGCUGCUGCUUGGCGGUGGUACUCGCAUCUCCGGCGCCACGCUGGCUGGCGUCCCCGCGCGCCGCAUCCUCUCGUCCAACAACACCUUGGUUGUUGUGGAGGCUGCUGCCAGCGACCCAACGCCCGUCGGAGACAUUGUCCUCACCGCAGACACGGGCGCGCUCACCACCAUCCGUGACGCCUGGACAUACCGGCCCCAGGGCAACGUGUCCGCCAUCACGCCCAGCAGCGGCCAGCGCGGCACCCACGUCACCAUCACGGGCUCCAACUUGCUUGGCCACGCCACGCGCCUCGCUACCGUGACGCUCGGGUCCGUGCAAGCGCGCAUCCUCGAGGCCGCCAACGAGCGCGUCGUCGUGCGUGCCGCCCCUGCCCCGGCCGGUAACGUCGACGUCUUGCUCAAGGCAGAGUCUGGCGCGGAGGUGGCUGUUCCCGGUGGGUUCGACUACACACCGCAGGGCGUCAUCACGGGCGUCCAGCCGUCCUCGGGACAGCUGGGCACCUUCAUCACGGUCACCGGCACAAACCUGCUCGGCGCGGCGCCCUCCCUGGCUACCGCCGCCUUUGGCACCGCCCAGCCGUCCCAAGCCACCAUCCAGUCGGCAACCAACACGCAGGUGGUCCUGCGCGCGGGCGCAGAGCCGGCGGGGCCCGGCCAAGGCCGCACGAACCUCACCCUGACGCUGACAGCCUCCACCCACGCCAUAAUCGACGCCAACGACACCUUCUCCUACGUGGACGCCAGCAGCAUCGACACCGUGGCGCCGUCUUCGGGCCAGGUCGGAACCCGCGUCACCAUCACCGGCCAGCGCCUCUACGGCCUCGGCUCCAGCAUCGUCAGCGUCACCUUCAACGGCGUUGAGGCCCGCGACAUUGUGGAGGCGUCCCCGACUCGCGUCGUUGCCAUUGCCCCGUCCGCGCCGGCCACCACGGGCCUGGCAGACGUCGUCGUCACCGCAGACACGGGCGCCACCGCCAUCGCCUCCGCAACGUGGACGCAGCUCGAGGAGUCGGUCGUCUCCAGCAUCAGCCCUUCCUCCGGCCAGCAAGGCACGCGCGUCAUUGUGACGGGCUUCCGCUUCUUUGGCGGCGGCUCCCGCAUCGUCAACGUCACGCUUGCCGGCGUCCCCGCCACCAUUGUCAUUGCCCUGCCGACGCUGGUCACCCUCGACGCCGGGUACGGCGCAAACUCCACGGGCGACCUGCUCAUGAUCGCAGACUCGGGCGCGGAGACGCGCGUCGUCGACGGCUUCACCUACCUCGACCCUGGCGUCAUCGCCGCCGUGCGGCCGGCAACCGGGCGCGUGGGCACCCGCGUCACCAUCACGGGCAAGAACCUGCUUGGCGGCGGCACUUUUGUGGAGGCCGUGUCCCUUGCCGGCUUCCCGGCCGAGCUCGUCUCCGCCACCAACUCGCGCAUCGAGGUCGUCACCGCGCGCGGGCUCGAGGGCACCGGCGACGUGGCCAUCAGCACAAGCACCGGCGCCACCAUCGUCCGCCCAAACGGCUUCUCCUACCUCUCUGCCGGCCAAGUUGAGACGGUCGUGCCAGACAUGGGCCAGCUCGGCACCCGCGUCACCCUGGCUGGCCGCAACCUCCUCGGCGGCGGAUCCACCCUCGUCUCCGUCAAGCUCGUCGGCGUCGAGGUGCAGGAGAUUGUGUCUGCAAACAACACGCAGGUGAUUGUGGUCGCCGCCGCACCCGCGCCGGGCUCCUUGCCCUCCCCGGCCAUUGGCGACGUUGAGUUCGUCGCAGACACGGGCGCGCGCUUCACGGCCAUCGCCGCCUGGCGCUACCGCACACCCGGCGCCAUCACAGACAUCUUGCCCACGUCGGGCCAGGCUGGCACGUUUGUUCGCCUCACGGGAACCUCGCUCCUGGGCGGGGGCACCGCCGCACGCCGCGUCACCUUUGGCGCCAGCGUCACCGCCGAUGUCAUCGCCCAAAGCAGCACCGCGCUGGUGGUGCGCAUCAACGUGGACGAGGCAACGGCGCUCGUUGCGUCAGACGCCGUUGUCGACGUCACCAUCGAGUCAAACACGGGCGCCAUCGUCACCCUCCCAGCCAGCUUCGCCCUGCGCGCCACCGGCCGCAUCGACUCUGUCUCCCCAGCCACGGGCCAGGUCGGCACGCGCGUCACCAUCGCGGGCUCCCGCCUGCUCGGUGGCGCAGCGGCGCUCGACCGCGUCGUCCUCGCUGGCACUGACGUGCAGGCCAUUGUCUCCGAGUCUGACACGCAGGUGGUGGUCAUUGCGGGCGUCAACGUGCCCAGCUCCGGCGACGUGGAGCUGCUCGCCGAGUCUGGUGCAGUCGUCACCCUCAGCCCCAACGCCUUCACCUACGCGCCCGUCAACGCCGCGCCCGAGGUGCAGGCGCCGGCCGCCGUCACGCUGGACGAGGACGCCAGCCCCGUGCCCGUGGACGUCACCGUGGCCGACAGCGACGCGGAGGAGUACAACGGCACCAUGGUCACCAACCUGCGCUGCACGGAGGGCACCAUCUCCGUUGACGGCGGCCUUCGCCGCAGCAGCCGCAUCACCGUGGUCGGCCAGCUCCGCGUCAUCAACCACCAGCUCAACGGCCUCACGUACAAGCCCAACCCAAACUUCUUCGGCAACGACACCCUGGUGGUGGAUGUUGACGACAGGGGCAACAGCGGCUCCGGCGGCAACCUCACCGCGUCCGCCAACGUCACCCUGCAUGUGCGCUCCGUCAACGACCAGCCCGUCCUCUCCACCACCGCCGUCGCCGUCCUGCCCACCAUCAACGAGGACGUGUCGGAGGACAUGAACGAGGGCGCCACCGCCGCCUCCCUCCUCACGGGCCUGGUCACGGACCCCGACGACGCCAUGUUCGGCAUGGCCAUCGUGCACAUUGCCAACUCCUCGGCCGCAGGCACCUGGCAGGUGGUGCCGGCUGCCGCAGGCGCUGCACCCGUCAACCUGACCGCGGCCGCCACCACCCCGGCCAACGCCACCCUGGUUGGGCCCUACGACCACCUGCGCUUCCUCCCCGCGCCCAACUUCAACGGCCGCGCCACCCUCACCUUCCGCGCCUGGGACCUCACCCAGCACGCGCCGCUGGCCGUGGUGGACACGACGCAGGCCGCCUCCACCGCGUCCUCGCCGUUCUCCCGCGACACCACGCGCGCCGUCGUCACCGUCGUCUCCGUCAACGACGUGCCGGAGGUGCUGCUCAACACGCCCUCGGGCAACUACCGCGCCACCUUCCUGGAGCAGUCGUCCACGGGCGCGCUCAUCCUCCCGUCCUCGCUCACCAUCACCGACGCCGACCACGCCACGCUCGACAGCGCGCGCGUGGAGAUUGUCAACAGGGAGGAUGGCGAGGCGGAGUUCCUGGCCGCAAACUCGGUCGUCACCGCCAACAUGGGCCUGUCCCUGCUGGUGGAGGCCAGCAACACCACCUACACCAUUGUCAUCCGCUCCCGCAGCGCCGCCCGCAUGCCCAUCUCCAACUACGCCACGGUCCUCAAGUCGUUGCGCUAUGUCAACGCCGCCGACGAGCCAAACCCGGCCACCCGCUCCAUCGCCCUCACCGUGAGCGACGGCAUCGACGCGUCGCCCGUCGUCCACACCUACGUCGACAUGCAGCUCGUCAACGACCACGCGCCCGUCAUCACCUACACGCAGACGCAGCCGCUCGUCUUGCGCGAGCCAAACACCAGCCUUCCGCUGCUCGACACAGACCCGCUCACCGUGACGGACCAGGACCACGCCUCCUUCCUCCUCGUGUCCGCGCAGGCCUCCAUCACCGCAGACUCCCUGCGCGACCCGGCACACGAGCGCCUGGCCGUGACCACCCCGGCCGGCUUUGGCUUCACCGUCACCUUUGGCAACGGCUCCCUCGCCGUGUCCGGCCUCGGCACCGCCGAGGAGUACACCGCCAUCCUCAACUCGCUCGUGUACGUCAACGCCGCGGAGGAGCCCACCCCGGGCCCGCGCCGCGUCAGCGUGGUCGUGCGCGAUGCGGACUUUGAGAGCGAGCCUGUCGUCAUCAGCGUGGACGUGCAGGUGAUCAACGACCGCGCGCCGGAGGUUGACCUGAGCGGGCCCUCGCAGCCCGGCAUCGACUCUGCCGUGGACUUUGUGGAGGAGGGCCACCCGGUCCGCAUCGCGGCAAGCGACGCCACCGUCACGGAUCCGGACAGCGGCAACUUCACCAUGGAGGCUAUGUGGGUGCGCAUCGACGAUGCCCUCGACGGCGACCUCGAGUCCCUCGUGCUGUUGCCGCCGCCGGAGCUCGGCCUGGGCACCGCCGUCAUCAACGCCACCGUCCUCGGCAGCAGCAGCAGCAGCGCGCCCGUGCAGCUUGGCCCGCUCUCCGCCUCCUACGAUGCGGGCUCGCACACGCUCAUGAUCGCGGGCUCUGCGUCGCCGGACGUCUACACGGCGGCCCUGCGUGCCGUGGCGUAUGCCAACGUGGCGGACCUCCCCAGCGGCGUGAGCGCCCGCACCAUCUCCGUGGUUGUGUGGGACGGCGGCUUCAACUCCACAGUGGCCCGCGCCGCAGUCCACAUCAUCAUGAUCAACGACCCGCCCAUGCUCAACGUGGGCGGGCCCGCCGCCGACGACCACAGCAAUGUGGUGCACUACCGCGAGGGCGGCGCCCCGCUGGCGCUCGUUGACCCAGAUGCCCUGCUCUCCGACGAGGACCACACCGUGCUGGCCUGGGCGCGGCUCCUCCUGGUCAGCGCCCCAGACUACACGGACGAGGUGCUCGCCGUCGACACCACAGGCACCAGCAUUGUGGCCUCCUUCGAGCACACGGUCAACGAGGACCGCGGCCCGGGCGAGGGCAAGGCAAGCACCACCGCGGAGAUUGAGCUUGCCGGCGUUGAGGCGUCCGUGUGGGCGGCCGAUGCCGUCCUCCCAUCGCAGUUUGAGAACAUCACCGCUGACCUGCUCAACCACGAGCUGGGGCUCCCCGGCGGCAACGAGACGGUGGUCGUGCGCGUGCUCAACGCCACGGCGUCUGCGCUGGACGUCAACGGGCAGCCGGCCUCCCGGCCCAUUGCCCGCAUCUCCCUGCAGGUGGUGGCCGACGACCGGUUCCUCAGUGUCAUGUCCAGCAACCUCACGCGCGUCGUGUCCUCCUCGGGCCUGCUGCUGACCUCCCUCAAGCAGCACUCGGGCGCGUACUUCUACGUCAACACCAUCCCCUUUGUUGUCGAGCCGCAAACGCGCGCGUUUGACGUGGUGGAGUUUUACGCCACCCUCACCCUCACGGGCCCAGAUGCGCUCGACAACUUCCUCAAGGUCCUGCGCACGGCCACGUACCAGAACCUCGAGUCGCGCCCGGGACAGCCCAGCACCCUCACCCGCACCGUCGAGUUUGUGGUCAGCGACGGCAACCUCACCAGCACGCCCGUGUACUCGUUUGUCACGUUUGCGGCAGUGAACGAUGCCCCGCUCGUGGACCUCAACGGGCCCACCGAGGCCGGGAACGACAACACCAUCACCUUCACGGAGGAGACGGAGCCCGUCCCCAUUGCCGCACCAAACGCCACCCUGCGCGAUGUCGACAACGCCACGCUCGCCUGGCUCACGGCGCGCAUUGUCAACAACCUCGACGGCGCUGGCGAGGUGCUCAGCGCGGGCCCAGACGUCCCCAGUGCCGUCCAGGUCUCGUACGCGGCUGGCACCGCAACGCUCACCUUCACGGGCGUGGCGUCCACCCGCCGCUACCAGGACAUCCUGCGCGGCAUCACCUUUGUCAACACGCGCGACGAGCCGGACCCGACGCCACGCGUGGUGGAGGUGAUUGCCAGCGACGGCGACCGCGCGUCGCUCUCGCGCUUCACCACCGUCAACAUGGCCUUCACCAACGACCCGCCCGUGCUGGCCCUGGGCACCGCGCAGGCCACCAACUGGACCACCGCGUUUGUUGAGGACGAGCGGCCCGGCUCGCCCAUCGCGUCCCCAGACACGCUCAUCACGGACGACGAUGACACGCACCUCACCUCCGCCCUCAUCCGCAUCACCAACGUGCAGGACACGCCCGCGUUUGAGGUGCUCACCGUGCCCGCAAGCGUGGUGCCGUCCGGCGGCAGCGCCACGGGCAACAACACGGACACGCUGCUGCUCUCCUGGCCGGCGACGCUGGCGCAGUGGGCGGCCGCCCUGCAGGAGGUGCGCUACCUCAACCUGGACAACGAUCCCGAGGUCGACACACCGCGUGUCGUGGCCGUGUCUGUCGUGGACGCCGCAGCCACGGGCGCCGGCGCGCCGCAGCAGCGGUCCAACACGGGCGUGGGCUUCAACGGGUCCACAGACGCGCCGAUGCACACCACGUUUGUGGAGGGCGGGUCCGCCGUGGCCCUGACCACGGACGCGCUGCGUGUCUUCGACUACGACGACGACUACGUCCAGUCCGCGCUCGUGCGCAUCGAGAACCUGAUUGACCGCACCCUCGCCAACACGUUUGAGGUGCUCUCCGUCAACGCGUCCGCUGCGCCCGCCCUGAGCGUGCAGUACUUCCCGGACGGCUUCCUCUCCAUCACGGGCAACGCCACGAAGCAAGCGUACCGCGCGCUCCUGCGCACGCUCACGUACGAGAACACGUUCCCCAACCCGUCGACGCAGCCGCGCAUCGUGUCGCUCGUCAUCAACGACGGCCGCCUCACCAGCGAGCCCUCGUACGCUGUGGUCGCCAUCGACGCGCAGAACAACGCCCCCAUGCUCGACCUCAACGGCGUGCUGGCGCCCAGCGUCAGCUCCUCGGCGCUCUUCAUCCAGGGCCUGGGCGACGUCCCCGUCACCAGCAGCCAGUCGUAUGUCACAGACUACGAAGGCGACCUGGUGCAGGGCAUGAACGUCACCAUCACGCCGCUCCCCGACGCGCCGUCAGAGCAGCUCUUCCUCACCUACACGCCGCCUCCCCCAGGCCACGUCGAGACGCUGUCCACGUCCACGCUCAACGCAGCCAUCGCCUCCUCCUGCGCCACCGCGCCCACGUCGUUCUGCACGUCCGCCGUUCUCACCAGCGGCAGCGCAGGCGCCACCGUCUCCGACGUGCAGGUGGUGGUGGACAUUGACCACCCGUACGUGGGCGAGCUCAUCCUCACCCUCUCGCACGCAGGGCGCUCCGUGCAGCUCGUGGCCAACCCGGCCAGUGCCAGCGGCGCCUCGGGCCAGUGCGCCCUCGCCGACUUUGUCAACCUGCACUUUUCUGAUCGCGCCAGCCAGAGCGUGACCACGCGCUGCGCCUCCGCAGAGGGCUACACGGGCUCUGUGCGGCCCGAGAACGCCCUCAGCGCCUUUGACGGCCUGGACAUGGGCGGCGACUGGGUCCUGGAGGUGCAGGACACGGUGCGCUUCUUCUCCCACGGCUCCCUGCGCAGGUUUGCCCUCAUCCUCACCUCCGGCACACGCACGUACACCACGUGGUCCGCCUCGCAGGCCGUGUCGCCGUCUGCGCCAAGCUCCAUCCCGCUCAGCGUGUCCAGCGCCAGCGCCGUGGUCGACGCAGACGUGCACGUGCACCUGACCUCCGCCUCUGUGGAGGACGUGCGCGUGUCGCUCACGUCCGCGGCCGGCGCAGACGCGGGUGCCGCCCCCGUGGUGCUCAAGGACUUUGGCGCCGUCAACGGCCCUUGCUCAACCGCCAGCACGGGCUCCCUCGUGUUCGACACGCGCGUCGACAGCACGGCCGCCGGCCACGUCGCAGCAGCGGACACCUGCCCCGCAUACCCGACCUCCAUCCUGCAGCCCGCAGCGCCAGCGCAGCCCCUGCACGACCUGGUUGACCAGGUGUCGCUCGGCACGUGGUCCGUGCUCGUGGAGACGCGCGCGGGCGUGACGGCGACCGUGCACUACGUUGAGCUGCGCCUGGCGGAGCGGCCCAACGUUGAGGUUGGCUACGACGCGGCCCAGGGCCUGCUCACCAUCCGUGGCGCAGACUCCGCCGACGUGUACACGUCCCUCCUGCAGACGCUGCGCUACAACAACCAGCAGGUUCUCCCCACCCCCGUGGAGCGCGUGCUCAGCUUUGUCGUGUCGGACGGCCAGGACAGCAACGCGGACGCCAACAUCACCCUCACCACGCACAACCAGCCCAUUCUCGACUUGGACACCGCCUCUGGCGACACGUCGCUGGACACGAGCGUCGUGUUUGUGGAGGGCGGCGCCGCGAGCCCCAUCCUGCUCACGGACCAGUCCAGCCUCUCCACGGACGGCCUCUUCCAGAUCCAGUCGGCACACGUGCGCCUGGACAACCCGCUCGACGGCGGAAACGAGACGCUCUCCUGGACCCCGACCAACGCCAGCACUGCCGCGGGCAUCACGGCGGUAGCUCUCGAUGCGGAGGCGCACGAGCUGCUGCUCACGGGCCUGGCGGGCCCAGGGGACUACCUCACGGCGCUGACAAACGUGCACUACCACAACAGCGACCGCAACCCGCACGCGGACCCGCGCGUCAUCACCACCACCGUCACGGACACCGCCACCCUCACCAGCAUUCCCCGCACCACCACCGUUUUUGUGCACCCGGUCAACGACCCUCCGGAGCUGUACAACGCCUCCCGCGCGGCCGCCGAUGCCGUGUUCGUGGAAGGUGCUGCUGACGGCACGCCCGUCGUGUCGGAGGACCUGUUCGUCUUUGACGCCGACAACGCCUUCUUCACGCGGGCCAUGUUUGCCAUUGUGAACCCGCUCGACGGUGCGGGCGCGGAGUCGAUUGUGCUGGACUCCCCCACCGCCACGGACCCCGCCGUGUUCACCGUUGCGGACGCCAGCAGCUGGCCAUCGUGGUUUGCACCGCCGGGCAGCGUCGUCGUUCAGGCCACUGCCGUGGGCAACGUUACCCUCGACCAGUUUGUCGACGUGCUCCUCGGCGCCAAGUACAUGAACACGGCCAUCGAGCCCAACAUGACCACGCGCCACGUGCGCUUCUUCAUCCGCGACACGCUCAACGCAUCCAACGUCGUGGACUCGUACAUCUCCGUGCAGCUCAUCAACGACAACGCGCCCGUGCUCUCGCUCGUGCCGCCGCCGUUUGACGCCACCUUCUUUGAGCCAAACGGCUCCUGCGUCCUGCACUGCACGGAGGCGCCGGUCUUCAACGGCAACUUCCUCAUCACCGAUGACGACCAGAACGACGUGUUCCCGCUGUACGGCGCCAUGGUUGCCCUUCCCAACAACAGCGCCGACCUCGCCCUGGAGCGCCUCAGCGUCAGCGCCGCGCUCCUGGCACAGACCGGCCUCGACGCGCUGUACGUGCCGGACAACGGCACCCUCAUCAUCACCGGCGAGGCCACCGUUGGCGAUUACACGCGCGUCCUGCAGACGCUCACCUACCACAACACGGCCGAGGAGCCCGACCCGGCGCAGCGGCUGCUGGCCCUGACUGUGUUUGACGGGCGCUGGGCCAGCAACGGGCUGUUGGUGCCGCUCUCCAUCGUGCUCAUCAACGACCAGACCCCGGUCAUUGACCUCAACACGGCCACCGCCGAUGCCAACAUCGACACGCGCGUUGCGUUUGUGGAGGAGCAAAGCGCGCCCCUCCCGCUCGCACCCACGGCCCUGCUCUCCGACGCCGACUCGGGCUUCCUCCUGCAGUACCCGACCAACAUCUCGCACGUCGUUGUGAACCUGACUGACGCCCGCGACGGCGCGCUCGAGACCAUCGACGCCACCGCAUCACCGGCGGUUGCCGUGCAGCGCGCCGGGCCGCACCUGCUGCGGCUCCAAGGGCCUUCGUCCCCCGCGGAGUUCACCGCUGUCCUGCGCACGGUGCGGUACACAAACGUGGCCGACGAGCCGCGGUACCCGCGCCAUCGCGCCAUCGCCUUCACCGCGUUUGACGCAGACUUUGCCAGCGACCCGGCCUAUGCCAUUGUCGACAUCAUCUCCGUGAACGACGUUCCCCGCGUGUUCCUCUCGGGCGGCACGCCGCCACCGACGCCAGCAGACGUCAACACAGCCUUCCUGUACACGGAGGGCCAGGGCGCCCUGCGCGUGGCGCCGGACGCCGUGCUGGAGGACGACGACAACACGCAGCUGCAGUGGCUCGAUGUUGAGCUCGUCUCUCCCCCAGACGGCUUGAGCGAGAGUUUGAAUGCCAAUGCCACCGGCCCGGACGCCAACGUCACCGUGGUUCCUGCCACCGCUGCACACCAUAUGCUCAGGCUGCAGGGGCCGGCAUCGCUCGCAGAGCUGCAGGCCGUGCUGCAGACGCUCACCUACACGCACAGCGAGUACGGCCCGGGCAACCCGGACACCUCGCAGCGCCAGGUGCGCGUGGUCGCCUUUGACGGCACAAACACCAGCGUGGUUGCCGUGGCGUUUGUGGGCUUUGACAGCGUCAACGACGCCCCGAUUCUCAACCUCAACGGCGGCGGCGCCGACCCAGACUUCUCCGCGACGUUCACAGAGGAGCAGGGCCCCGUGCCAGCCGUCUCCGCGGCCCUCACCAUCAUGGACAUUGACGGGCCCAUCAUCGAUGCCGCUCGCGUCGCGUUCACCGUGCGGGAUGCCGGCCUCGAAUUCCUGGCCGUCAACACCACGAACUCCAACCUCACGGCCGCAUACGACCCGGCAACGGGGGUGCUCGACAUUACCGGCAAUGCCACCACGCGCGAGUACGCCAGCGUGCUGGCCACCCUCACCUACGACAAUCGCGCAGACGAGCCCACGCCGACCCCGCGCGUCCUCACCGUUACGGCAAGCGACAGCAUCGCCUGGAGCGUGCCCGUGUACAGCACGGUGGCCAUCGUGCUUGUCAACGACCCGCCACGCCUCUACUCCCCGGUCGUCGGGCGCACCUGGAACGUCACUUUCGUGGAGGACCACGCGCCCGCGGCCGUUGUCCCAGCAGACACGGUUGUGGAGGACGACGACGACGCGUUCUUCGUGCAGGUGACCGCCGUCCUGCACGCCGCACCGGACGCUGAAGCGGAGGUGAUGCGCGGCAACACCACCACGGCCUCCGGGAACGCGCUCAACGAGACACUCACAUAUGACGCAGGCACGGGCGCCACCACACUGCUGGCGCAGGGAUACGUGUCGCUCGACGAUGUCAUUGACUAUCUGCGCAGCCUCGUCUACGAGAACCUGUCCGAUGCACCCACGCCGAGCGUCGUGCGUCGCAUCACCACCACCGUGUCUGACCCGCACUUUGCCCCCUCAAACGCGUUUGUCACCAACAUUCGCGUGCAGCCGCACAACGACGCGCCCGUGCUCACCGCAGCCACGACGGAGCUCGACGCCAUUGCCGAGGACGCGUCCCUGCAGGAAAACAACGGCACAGACGUCUAUGCGCAGCUCCGCUCCCUCAUGCAGGACUUUGACGCCGCGCCGCAGUUUGGCGUGGCCGUGGUUGGCGUGGACACGUACGGUGGCGAGUGGCAGGUCGCUGUUCCGGUUGUACCUGUCGACACGGGCAUGUCCUCCGGCAGCAGCAACGCCACUGGCAUGUCUGCAAACGCCACCACGGCAAUGCCAACGACAGUGCCCACUGGCCCAAUGUUCCGGUGGCAGGCCGUUCCCGCCAACGCCAGCAUCACGUCCGCCUUCUUGCUGCCGCUCACAGAUCCGUUCACCAUUCGCUUCGUGCCCAAGAAAGACUUCUUUGGGCGCGCCGACCUCACGUUUGUGGCCUGGGAUCACACACAGGGCGCACCCCUGCAGGCCAACGUGGACGCGACGUACGCAUCCGACGGCGCUUUCAGCCGCGACACGAGCGUGGUCGCCAUCGACGUUGAGUCUGUGAACGACGUUCCCGUGGUGCUGCUGGAGGGCCCCGCGGCAGCCGCUGCGCGCAACGGCGACGGCAACGCCACAGCCACGUUUGUGGAGCAGGGCGGCGCCGUCUCCAUUGUCAACAGCACGGGCCUGUCGCUGUGGGACGUGGACAACUUCCAGCUGCAGUACGUGGACAUUGACGUGACCAACCCGCGCGACGGCGACGCAGACGUGCUGCUGAUCCAGGCUGAGACGGAGAUUGAGGGCCUGGUGGUGGAGCGCAUUGACGCGUGGCACGUGCGGCUGGGCGUGGGGGCGUCGCCAUCCAACGCCAGCCACGCGCCGCUGUACGACGACCUGCAGUACCGGGACAACCAGACGGUGCGGCUGGAGGCGGCGCUGCGCAGCCUGGCGUACAACAACACGCUGGACGAGCCAAGCCUGGAGACGCGCGUGCACGGCGGGCCUGUGCGGCUGCUGUCUGCGGGUGCGUUUGGCGUUUCUGACGAGGACCACGAGGCCGAGUUCCCGAUGCAGGCUGCGAGCGUGCGGUUUGUGUCAGCGGGAGACGUUGAUGCCGCGGACGAGGCGCUGUGGGUUGACGCGGGCGUUGUCGGUAGCGUGCCUGGGCUGAGCAGCUGGUACAACGCGACGACGCGGACGCUGAGCGUGCGUGGGCCUGCGCCGUACAGCGCGUACGCGGCUGUGCUUGCGACGCUGACGUACAACAACAGCGCCGAGGAGCCUGAGCCUGGCCCGCGGGCGGUUGAGAUUGUUGUUGACGACGGCGUGUUUGAGAGCGCGCCAGCGCGCGUUGACUUUGACGUUGCUGUGAUCAACGACCGGCGGCCCGUUGUGUAUGUCGGGGAUGCCGGGAACGGCGUUGUGAACGCGAGCGUGGUGUUUACGGAGGAGGGCCCAGCGGUGUCUGCUGUUGGCGCAGAUGCCGGGAUCACGGACGCGGACAGCGGGGACCUUGCGCUUGCUGCUGUGCGUGUUGUGCUUGUUGACGGACGGGAUGGUGUGCUCGAGGAGCUGUCUGCGACGGACGGCGGGAGCAGCAACAUCAGCGUGGAGUACAACAGCACGGCGGACCCGUAUGUGCUUGUGCUGCGCGGGCCUGCGCUGCGCACCGAGUUUGUGGCGGCGCUGUCGACGCUGACGUACCGGAACGUUGCGGAUGAGCCGAGCGGGGCUGAUGUGGUUGCUGACGGAGACGACGGCAGCGCGCGGCGGACGCUGAUGGUGACGGUUGACGACGGCCUGUUUGUGAGCGAGCCCGCCUACACCCACAUUGAGAUUGCCAUGGUCAACGACGAGCCGCUGUUUGACGCCGGUGGCAAUGGCAUGCCGGACUCGACUGUGACGUUCUUUGAGGCGUCUCGCCCUCUGCUGCUGUUCGACCCGCAGUCGGCUGUGACAGACUCCGACGACACCAUCCUGCAGAACGCCAGCAUUGUGCUCUCUCCAACACCAGACUCGCCAGACGAGUACCUCAUUGUUGCUGACCAGGGCACCUCCAUCACCGUCACGGCCACCAAUGACGACACCGUGUUUGAACUUCGCGGUCCUGCGCCGCUGAGCGAGUUCACUGCCGUGCUUCGUGCCGUUGCGUAUGUCAACACAGUGACAGACCCGCGCAAACCCACGGGCGGCUCCCGCAUUGCAACGGUGACGCUUGACGACGGGCGCGCGCGCUCCGAGAGCACCGCCACCAUCCAGUUCCAGGCUGUCAACGACGAGCCCGUGCUGGACAUUAGCGGGCCAGCGGUGCCUGGUCGCCAGUACGCGACAGAGUUUGUCGAGGAGCAGGCGUGGCCCGUGCCCGUGGUGAGCGAGAACCUCACCCUGACCGACUCUGACAACACCACACUUGUUGCUGCCCGCGUUGUGAUGCAGCCUGUGCCCGACCAGGAGAACGAGACGCUGCUCUGGGACACGACGCUUGCGGCUUCCGCUGGCCUGACUGCAGCCUACAACGUGUCGAGCGGCGAGCUGACCAUUGGCGGCGAGGCGGCCGUUAGCGACUACGAGGCCCUGCUGCGCACGCUCGCGUAUUUCAACAACGAGGACGAGCCAUCCCCUGCAGAUCGCCUUAUCCGCAUCUCUGCCUUUGACGGCCUUGCGUGGAGCAUUCCGCGCACAACCACGCUGAAGAUUGUGCUCACCAACGACCCGCCGCGCCUGUACUACCCGGGCGAUGCACCCGACGUCAACUACGUCGAGGACGCGCCCCCGGUGCUUGUAUUUGACCAGGGCCUGUACCUGCAGGACGACGAUGACCUGGACAUGCAGACGGCGAUGGUCACCAUCGACAACGUGCAGGACACGGAUCACGAGUUCCUCACGUUCGCUGACAGCCCGGUUGCCACGGGCAUCACCGCCUUCCGCACCAACGACACCACCCAGCUCAGCUUUGCUGGCGUCGACAGCAUUCAGCACUACCUGCGUCUGCUGCGCUCGGUUCGCUACCGUAACACCGACCAAGGCCCCACCACAUCCGUGCUGCGCUCCAUCACCCUGCAAGUUCGCGAUGCGCAGGGUGGCCUGAGCAACCUCGUGCAGGUCUACGUCAACGUGAGCGCCGUGAACGACGCACCUGUCCAGGAUGAGCACACCACACAGCUGCCUGCCGUGCCGGAGGACGUGGGCACCAGCAACACCGCCAACCCUGGCCUGCCCAUCCUGAACGCGAUUGUGGACUCGACGGAUGUGGACGACGACGCCGUGAUGGGGAUGGCCAUCUUCUCUGCCGACUCCGCCAACGGCACCUGGCAGUGGCAGCCCGCCACCGGCAGCGCUUGGAACGACGUUCCCAGCGACACCAGCGUGACCAACGCCGUGCUGGUUGCCGCUGGACCCGCGUCGCGCCUGCGCUUUGUGCCCAACGCCAACUACCACGGCAGCGCGGCCCUCUCCUACUACGCCUGGGACCAGACGCAGGGCAGCGAAGGAGACCUGGUUGACGCAUCCGUUCGUCCGCAGACCGGCGCCCUCUCCGACGCGCCGAGCCACGUGGCCAUCACCAUCCUCAGUGUCAACGACCGCCCUGUGCUCGACGCAGCGCGUGUUGCCAACUUUCCCACCGUCCUGGAGGACGUCCCGCCCAGCAACAACUCUGGCCUGUCCAUCCCGGAGCUGCUCAACGGCUCGGUGUUCGACCCAGACCUGCUGCUGCACAAUGGCGUGCGCCUUCCCGAUACCAGCGUGGACGGCAUUGCGGUGACGGGCGCAGACAGCGCCAACGGCGUGUGGGAGUGGUCGUCUGACGGCGGCGCGUCCUGGACCGCCGUCGACACGGACGUGGCCCCCGCACAGGCGCUGCUGCUGCUCUCGGAGCCACGGUUCCGCCUGCGCUUCCUCCCUGCCGCGCACUUCCACGGCACCGUGCCGCUCACCUUUGUUGCGUGGGACGGCACCCGCGGUACGUGGGGCCAGACGGCCAGCACGCUCUCAUCGGACGCAGACGAGCCCUUCAGCCUCGCCUCCGCCACCGCCCACCAGGAGGUGGCGUCGGUCAACGACCAGCCGGUCCUGCAAGCCGGAACACAGACGGAGGCCAUCUUCGAGGACAUCCCCGAUGCGGAGAACGCUGGGCUGUCGACCGCUUACCUUCUCCAGCAAGGGUCUGCGGCCGACAACGAUUCGGAUGCCACGCUGGGUGUUGCACUUGUCCGCCUAGAGUCGCUGAACGGCGAGUGGCAGUUCACCCUGGACAGCAAUGCAACGUCCGUGACGUGGACGCCCGUGUCGGCCAACACGUCCGACGCGCGUGCAGUUGUGCUCACAUCCGCCGACACGGUGCGGGUGCGCUUCGUGCCCAACCCCAACUACUACGGCAGUGCUGAACUCGAAUUCCGCGCCUGGGACCAGACAGAUGGCGCGGCGAGCGGCUCCGUGACUGGUGUCAGCCUCGUCAAGACAGUCGCGCUCAAACCGGCCUUCAGCGAUGACACGCGUACCCUGCACCUCAACGUGACGCAGGUCAAUGACUCACCCGUUGUCAGCACGAGCCUGGUCACGCUGCCGACCAUCGACGAAGACACGCCGCCCGCAAACAUCACGGGCGCCACGUUUGAGUCUCUGCUGGACGCGGACGUGAGUGACGUUGACGACUACUCGGACUACGGCGUUGCCGUGAUUGCGCUCGACCGCCGCAAUGGCGAGUGGCAGUUCCGCAACGGCUCGCACACCGCUUGGGUCACCUUCCCUGGUGGCAUCGCAGAGACCUCUGCAAUGCUCCUGAGCAAGACCAGCACCGUGCGCUUUGUGCCAUUCAAGGACUUCUACGGCAUCGCUGACCUUCAGCUGCGCGUGUGGGAUAUGACCCAGUACACGCUUGGCCAGCAACACGUGGACGCACAAAACACCAGCCCAUUUGACAGCUUCAGCGCACAGGUUGUGGACGUGCGAGCACCGGUUGAGUCUGUGAACGACGUUCCCGUGGUGCUGCUGGAGGGCCCCGCGGCAGCCGCUGCGCGCAACGGCGACGGCAACGCCACAGCCACGUUUGUGGAGCAGGGCGGCGCCGUUUCCAUUGUCAACAGCACGGGCCUGUCGCUGUGGGACGUGGACAACUUCCAGCUGCAGUACGUGGACAUUGACGUGACCAACCCGCACGACGGCGACGCAGACGUGCUGCUGAUCCAGGCUGAGACGGAGAUUGAGGGCCUGGUGCGUGGGUGCGUUGACUUUGACGUUGCUGUGAUCAACGACCGGCGGCCCGUUGUGUAUGUCGGGGAUGCCGGGAACGGCGUUGUGAACGCGAGCGUGGUGUUUACGGAGGAGGGCCCAGCGGUGUCUGCUGUUGGCGCAGAUGCCGGGAUCACGGACGCGGACAGCGGGGAUCUUCCGCUUGCUGCUGUGCGUGUUGUGCUUGUUGACGGACGGGAUGGUGUGCUCGAGGAGCUGUCUGCGACGGACGGCGGGAGCAGCAACAUCAGCGUGGAGUACAACAGCACGGCGGACCCGUAUGUGCUUGUGCUGCGCGGGCCUGCGCUGCGCACCGAGUUUGUGGCGGCGCUGUCGACGCUGACGUACCGGAACGUUGCGGAUGAGCCGAGCGGGGCUGAUGUGGUUGCUGACGGAGACGACGGCAGCGCGCGGCGGACGCUGAUGGUGACGGUUGACGACGGCCUGUUUGUGAGCGAGCCCGCCUACACCCACAUUGAGAUUGCCAUGGUCAACGACAAGCCCGUUUUCGACGGCGACGCAUACAGCGGUGCCCCUGUGGUCGUGGAGUUCGUGGAGGGCGAGGGCCCGUUGCUGCUCUUUGCGAACGGCACACUGGCUGACGCCGACGACACCAUCCUGCAAUCUGCCGUGGUGUCGCUCAACGCUCGCCCCGAUGGCGAUCAGGAGUUUCUGCUGGUCAACCUAACGGGCACGGCGCUGACACGCGUGGAUGUGUCUGACACGGUGCUGCGCCUGCAGGGACCCGAUACCGUGGCCAACUUUGAGCGCGCCUUGCGCUCCCUCGCGUACAACAACACGAUUGCGCGCCCAGGGAAGCCCACAGCCAUCACCCGCAUCGUCACCGUGACAGUGGACGACGGCCGGCGCAACAGCUCUGCUGUAACCGCCACUGUGACGUUUGCCGCCGUCAACGACGCACCCAUCCUCGCCCUGAGCCCAACGUCCUUUGACUUUGAGGCGACGUUCGUGGAGGAACUGGGGCCUGUCCUGGUCGUGUCGCCGGCGCUCUCCCUGGUGGAUGUGGACAACACGUCCCUCAGCUGGGCCAGUGUCACGCUCAGCCCCGUCCGCAACGGCCGCAACGAGUCGCUCUGGGUCAACGCGUCUGACACCGGCCUCACCUGGUCCUAUGAUCACGGUUCUGGGGAACUGCGCAUUGUCGGGCCGGCGCCCGUUGAGUCCUUUGAGCAGGUUCUGCGGACCACGCGCUACAACAACGAGCUGGACGAGCCAGAUGCCACCGAGCGCACCGUGACGUUUGUGAUGAGCGACGGCCUGGCCGACAGCAUUGCGCGGCAGACGCGCCUGAACAUCUCGCUCACCAAUGACCGCCCGUUUGCGGACUUUGAGUGGGAGACAUCGCGCCAGCGCGCCGACUACAAUGCAUUUACGCACCUGCCGACCACGCCGGCGCUUCGCACGUUUGUGGAGGGCACGGCACCGGUGCCAGUGGCCGACAACCUCCGCGUUGGUGAUGACGACAACACACGCCUGAUCCAGGCCACGGUGAACAUUGCUAAUGUCUUGGACGCGGGCCUGGAGGUGCUGUACUACUAUGAGACAGACAGCCGCAUUGUCAGCUUUGCCUCCAACGGCACUCACACGCUGACGCUGAGUGGGCUUGCGCCCGUGGCCGCGUGGAACCGUGUCCUCUCCUCUGUCGCCUACGCCAACCUGGACACGAACCCAGACACGUCCGCGCCACGUCGCAUCGACAUCACCGUCAGCGACGGCGAGCUGACAAACGUGGCUACGGAGCCCGCACUCGUCACCGUGGUUGCACGCAACAACGUGCCGCACGUUGUUCCCAGUGCUGUUGGCAGCACGCACCUGACCACCAUUUUGGAGGACGAGACGGAGAACGACGGCACCCGCGUAUCGAGUGUUGCCGUGGACAGCGUGCAGUUUACGGAUGCCGACGAGACCACCGCGUUUGGUGUCGCCAUUGUCAACGCCAGCGAUACCCUCGGCACCUGGCAGGUGGCGCUGGCCAGCGAGAGCGCUGUUGCUGGCAACGGCACCGUGAUGUACACCUGGGUGGACGUCGAUGCGUCGUCGCUUGCCCCGUCCUCUGCAGCCAUCCUGCUUGGGCCCAACGACCGCGUGCGCCUCGUUCCCAACACGCACGCCAACGGCGUCACAGGCCUGGAUGUGCGCGGAUGGGAUCUCACGGGCGGCGUCAACGCGUCCACUUCUCCCCAGGACAUUUCUGUGCUGCUUGCCGACACGGAGCGCGGGCCCUUCACGGCCGACGUGCUGCCCGUGCAGCUGACGGUGACGGCGGUGAACGACGCGCCGUGGUUUGUGACCAUGACGAACGUGACCACGCCAGAGGACGUUGCCCUGACGCUGCCGCAGGUGGUGCUGAAUGACGUGGAUGCUGCCGAGGCACCUUCCUCGCCCUACACGGUGACGGCGGCUGCGUCUGUUGGCGGCCUGCGCGUGAACGAUUCGGACGCGUUCCAGCCCCAACUCACCUUCUCGCGGCCGCUGGCCGAGGCAAACGCCCUCCUGGCGAACCUUGCUUUCCUUGGGCCCGCCAACUACCAUGGCAUGGCCACCAUCACCAUCACCGCCAGUGACAACGGCAUCGCGGGCGUUGGCCAGCCGCUCGAGGCUGCCACCACCGUGCACGUGCGCGUGCUGCCUGUGAACGACCAGCCCGUGUUUGAGCACGCGCUUGCGUCGCCCUUCGAGGUGUUUGAGAACGACGUCGCCGACGGCACGGGCUCCCGCAUCUCGGACAACGCUGUCGUGAUUGGCGUUGGCGCCAACGUGACGGGCGAGGGCGUCUUCUCCGAUGUGGACGAACCCACCGCUUCGGCGCUCGGCCUGGCGCUCACGGCUGUCGAUGCCACGCACGGCAACUGGUCUUACCGCACCGCAGACAUGCCUGCCGGUGUGUGGACGCGCAUCACGGCUGCGGAUGCCAUCGGGGAGGAGAACGCGCUUGGCCUGCCGCCAUCCGCCUUGCUCCGCUUCGUGCCCACGGCCUUCUACUAUGGCCCGGCCACGUUCACCGCCCGAGGGUGGGACCAGGGCGAGCGCUCAGCCGCCGCGCGUGCCAGCGGCACUGCGGUCACGAGCCUCAACGCGACCACGUCCCUUGUGCGUGCUGACGCACCCUUCAGCCAGCAGCCGCUGGUGGCCACGGUGCAGGUCUUGCCCGUGAACAACGGGCCCGAGGCGUUUGCGCCGGCCGCCCUCACCAUGUGGGAGGACAUGGGGCCCUUCAACGUCACGGCCGUGUCCGUGUUUGACCGCGACGCCGAUGUUGCUGGCGGCGUGACGACGACCGUGCGCGUGAGCACCGGAACGCUGGCCACAACGGCAACUGCUGGUUGGAGCUCCCAGCUGGUUCUGGCCGGGUAUGUGGCGGACGUCAACGCCGCACUCGCCACCUUGCAGUUUGACCCGCCCCAGGACUUUGUGGGCGAUGCCAUUGUGACCCUGAACGUGACGGACCACGGGCGUUUCGGCGCCGGUGCUGGCCCCAAGACAGCUGUGGCGCAAACUACCAUCACCGUGCAGCCGCUCAACGACAGGCCCGUGUUCGCCACCACCGACCCCGUGCCACCGCCGCAAGCGCUGCGCUCCAUCCUUGAGGACGUGCCCGUCGCUGACAACGACGGCACGCCCGUGCAGGACCUGCUGGCGCUGGCAUCGGACGUGGAUGCCGGCACCGUGCUUGGCGUGGCCAUCGUGGAGGUGCACAACGCGUCCUUGGGCGUGUGGCAGUACCGCGCAAAUGCGUCCGCUGCUCCCGGCUCCCCCGACGCGCAGUGGCGCAACAUGUCUGCCAUGGCGACCCGCGACGACGCCGCCCUGCUGCUGGGUAGCGAGGCGUGGGUGCGCUUCCUUCCGUUCCUCAACGUGUUUGGCACCGUGCAGCUGCGCUUCAAGCUGUGGGACCAGACGGACGGCGGCGUGAGCGGCCAGGACAACGCGGACACCACGGGGCCCGCACCCACCAGCGCUUACAGCCUGCAGACGGCGACGGCGCUGCUCGACGUGCUGCCCGUGAACGACGUCCCCGUCGUCUCCAGUACGCACCCCACCAACGUGUUCACCUUUGUCGAGGACGGCGCGCCCGUGCGCGUGGCGCAGGCCGUCUCCGUGGUGGACGUCGAUGACACCACGCUCACGGAGAUGCGCUGCGUCGUGUCCGGCAUCCGGGACGAGGGCAGCGAGGCAUUGCUGCUGGACAGCCCCGCGCACGGCCCACACGCCCUCAGCAUCACCCGCACCGCCACCACGUUUGAGCUGCGCCUGAAGCCGUUCAACAACGGCGAGCGCACGCUGGCGCAGGUGCGCGACUGGAUUGCGGCUGUCCGCUACGUCAACACGGCCGACGAGCCAACACGCGGCCGCCGCACUCUCACCUUCACCGUCCUGGACCACGUUGGCGAGAGCCUGCCGUUUGUCACGUCCGUCGUCAUGUCCAUGAUCAACGACCACUUGCCCGCGCUCGCGGCUGAGGCCGACGGCGCCACCAUCACGUUUGUGGAGGGCACAGCCGGCGACAGCGUGGCCCUGCUUGGCCCGGGCACCGUCAACGUGUCUGACGCGGACCACGCGGACCAGUUCUACAUCCAGCGCGCCGUGGCCACACUCACCCCUGCACCGGACGGUGAUGCCGUGGAGCAGCUGAGCGUGGACGCGCAGAACCUCACUGCCACAUAUGCCAGCGCGGGUGGCGUGGGCGUGCUCGAGGUUGUGGGCGCUGGCGCGUUUGGCCUGUACGAGCAAGUGCUGUCCAGCCUGGCGUACGUGAACAGCGCUGAAGAACCGACGCUUGGCGAUCGCACAGUCUCGCUGGUGAUCAACGACGGCUUGUUCAACAGCACGCCGCCCGUCACCCUCACCGUGAGCGUGGUUGGCAUCAACGACCAGCCGCCCACCGUGCUCUUUGCUGGUAACACGCCCACAGGCACGGCAGCCUUUGUGGAGGAAGGCCCCGCUGCGCCAGUCAUGCCCGCGGUGACGCUUGGGGACGCCGACUCGGGCGUGUCUGUGAUUACCGCGGCUUGGUUGCGGCUGCCUCAGCACGUGGACGGUGCCGGCAGCGAAGCGCUGGCCCUGAACAGCGCGGCGCAGUCGCUGGCCAGCAGCGAGGGCGUUACCGUCUCCAUUGGCGACGAUGGCGCCGCUCUCAACCUGACUGGCACGGCCACACCGGCCACGUACCAGGCCAUCCUCCGCGGCGUGUUGUACGACAACACGGCGGUUGAGCCAAACCACCCGGACUGGCGCGAGGUGCAGGUUCGCGUGUCUGACGGCGACCUCCUCAGCUCCCCAACGCACGUCAACGUGUCCAUUGUGCGUGUCAACGACGUGCCCACGCUCGACCUGGGCGGCAGCGCCCUCCCCGGCGACGGCUUUGUGCUGUCGUACACGGAGGGCGAUGGCACCGUCCGCGCCGUUGCUGCCGACGCGGUGGUUGGCGACGUCGACAACACCGUGCUUGAGGCACUGGAGGCGCGCCUGUCCCCGUUCCCGGACGGCGCCGCGCUGGAGAUGAUCAACAUGACCGUCAACACCCCGGCAACGCCCAACCUGUGGCUUGCUUCCGGCACCAACGCGACGCGCGUGGUUGUGCGCGGCCCGGCACCGCUGGCAGAGUUUGUCACGGCGCUGCGGUCGCUCACAUACACGCACGCGGGCGCCAUGCCUGGCAACCCGGACACGCGGCCACGCGCGAUUGAGGUGCGGGCGAGCGAUGGCGAUGGCUGGUCCGCGACGGCCACCUCGUCCAUCGUCUUCACAGCCGUCAACGACGCGCCGCGCAUUGAUCUCAACGGCAAGGCGCCCGGUAUCGGCUACCAGACCACGUUUGUGGAGGAAGGCGAUGCGGUGGCCAUUGCCAGCACCAACGCGUCCUCGAUUGUGGACGUGGACAACUCCACGCUGGCCUCGUUGACCGUCACCAUCACCAACCCGCUCGACGGGCCUGCCCAGGAGGUGCUUCGGGUCGACACCAACGCCUCCGCCGCCGCAGCCAUCCCCACAGCGCAGAUUGCGGUGGCGUACGACGUGGCCACCAGCACGCUCACGGCAAGCGGCGUUGCCCCUGUUGCCGGCUACGUGGCUGUCCUGCAGUCGCUUGCCUACCAGAACCUGGCGGAUGAGCCCUCGCCGCAGCCGCGCAUCCUGCACGUGGUGGCCAGCGACGCGCUGCGCGACUCCCUCCCUGCCGUGUCGCAGAUCAACAUCCAGCUCAUCAACGACGCACCAGCGCUGCACCUUGGCGCCGCCAGCACCGACCCGCAGGCCCUCAACUUCUCCACCGUCUACGUGGAGAGCACGAGCCCCGGCGCCGCGCUUGCCGCCACAGCCAGCGACCUGUACCUGAACGACGACGACAACGCACAGCUGUCGCGCGCCACCGUUGAGCUGCUCAAUGCGGCAGAUGGCGCAGACGAGGGCCUGUACCCGCCCGUGACCGGCUUGAACGGCGGCGUCGCCGUCGGAACCGGAACGCACAUGCUCGAGCUGAGGCUGAACGCGUCGCUGGCAGACUGGCGCGCCGUCCUAGCCGCCACCACCUACAGGGACGCGUCCGAGAACCCGACAGUUGGCGACGACCGCGUGCUUCGCGUGCGCGUGUUUGAUCCUGUUGGCGCCGGGUCUGCGCCCGCGUACGUGCACGUGCGCAUUGCACCAGUGAAUGACGCGCCCAUGUUCUCGUACACGGCCUCCUUUGGUGCCGCCGCACCGACCCUCAACUACACAGAGGACGCCUCGCCACUGCCGCUUGCGCCGUCUGGCGUUGUCCGCGACUACGACAACACGCACCUUGCGCGCGCCACGUUCGUCCUGGAAAACCUGCAGGACGUUGGCCUGGCGCAGCAGACGGAGGUGCUCUCCGUUGACCGCGCCCUUGCGCAGGCCAACGGCAUCUUCGUGGACUACGACCGUUCCGGAACGCUGCGGCUCGUUGGUGACGCGCCCGUGGCCGCAUACCAGGCGCUGCUGCGCACGCUCACCUUUGUGCACUACAGCCAGAACCCCACGGCAAGCCCGCAGCGGCGCAUCUCGGGCUACUUCUCCGACGGCAUCGACAACGGGCUCAUGCAGCUCGUGUUCGUCAACGUCAUUCCCGUGAACGACGCGCCCGUCGUGAGCGCUUCGGGCAGUGGCGUCUUCAUCCAGCACGGCGAGCCCGUGCGCGUGUUUGAUGCGGUUGCCCUCACUGACGAGGAGAACAACCACCUGCAGAACGCGAGCGUGUGGAUUGCCGAUGCGCAGGACGACGCGCUGGAGAACCUCACACUCACCUACACCCCGCCGCCCAUUGAGAACAGCGCCGCUGGCCGCAAGCUCGGCCUUGCCACCACCACCGCCAUCGACACGCCGUGCGCGGACGAGCCAGGCUUUCUGUGCGCCGAGGACACCAUGUCCCUCGCGGCGUCCGCCAGCGCGCCCAACACGGGCGCGGUCUCUGCCGUGUUUGUGUCCAUGCAGCUGCAGCACGACAUGCUGGGCGAUGUUCGCGCAUACCUCGAGCACGACGGCGUGCGCGUGCUGUUGUUUGACCGCCUCAGCGCCUCCACCAGCACCGCAGCAGACGGCGCGGGCACGCGUGCCAACCAGGCCUGUGCCCGUGACACGGGUGCUGGGGAGCCGCUCGCGUCCUCCAUCGAAGGCAGCUUUGCGCCCGCAUCGUCGCUGGCCGCCUUUGUUGGCCACGCUGCCGACGGUGACUGGACGCUGCAGGUUGUCGACACGUACCUGCCCUACCGCUUUGGCCAGCUGCUCGAUUGGUCUCUCGUCGUCACCGUGGGCACGCGCAACAUCACGCUGUCGCCCGAGCUCGUUGCCGCCUCGGGCCCACCAGCGGUUGCCCUGCCCACGACUCCGUACACGUCGCUCUCCGACGUGCCGCACUCCGGGGUGGUCACGGACGUGGACGUGGCCGUGUUCCUCAGCCUUCACGACAGCGCCACGGAGGUGCGCCUUCGCCUGGCCCACCCCGACGGCACAGCCGUGCAGCUGCUGACCAAGAUUGGCGGCGGGUGCGCCUUCCAGGGCACCGGCGCCGUUGUCCUUGACGGCAGCGCCGCGUCCCCCAUCACCUUCAACCAGCUGUGUGUGGACCUGAGCAGCGGCCGCUACUUUGCCAGCGAGCCGCUGUCCACCUUCCACGACAAGCUCGCCGCGGGCGAGUGGUCCCUCACCGUGGACCAGGUCGAUGUCGGCUACGUUGCCCUGCACGGCUGGGCGCUCUCCCUCACCACGCGUCCGAACGUCGGCGUGUCGUACUCGGCGUCCCAGCACGCACUGUCGCUUGUGGGCGAGGACACGCUCGAGGUGUACAGCGUGCUGCUGCGCUCCAUCACCUACCGCAACGACCGCUACCGCCCCACCGGCACCAGCCGCGACGUGCGCGUGCGUGUUGCCGAUGCCGACCCAUCCAACGUGGCAGGCGUCACCGUCCUCGUGCACCGCGCCGCUGUGGUGUCGCUCGGCGCAACGCCAGCCAUGCUCAACAACACGGCCGCCACAUUUGUGGAGAAGGGCCCUGCCAUCACCAUUGCCCCAGCGGCUUCCAUUGAGUACGACGACGUGUUCGUGCUGUCUGGCGCCACCGUGCGCAUCACCAACGUGCUUGACAACGGGUUUGAGAGCUUGGCCGCGAACGUCUCCCACCCGCUCCUCACCGUCUCAGCGGCCACACAAGACAGCACCGAGCUGGAAGUGAGCGGCGAGGCGCCCGUGGCCGUGUACGAGGACUUGCUGCGGAACAUCCUGUACACCAACCUGGAUCGCGACCCAGACAACACGACGCGCCUGGUGGCCGUCACCGUCCGCGAUACGGCCAACCUCUUCAGCGACGUGCACUUCUCCCACAUCACCAUUGGGCCUGUCAACGACCCACCAGAGCUUGUUGUCGGCGCUGGCGAUCCAUAUACGCUGGCGACGAGCGAGCACGUGGAGCACGGCGGCCCAACGCAGGUCCUUCCCGUCGGCGCAACCUUGUUCGACGCAGAUUCGCCAACGCUCAGCUCGGCCACCGUCAAGCUCCUGAACAGCCUGGACGUGUCAAUGGACACGCUGCAGCUGAAUGACCCGGCCUUUGUCUCGGAUGUGUCCACGACCGUCGUGCUGUGCGCGUCCAUCCCGUCUUUCGUGCCGUGCCCGCACAGCCUGCCCCAGACGGUGCUCACGCUCACCCCGGCCCCGCAAACAACAGCGACCGUGGCGCAGAUGCUGCAGGCCCUCUCGUCCGUCACGUACAACAACACGGCGGACGAGCCAGACCCGGGCCCGCGCUACUUUGAGCUCUCCGUCUCUGACGGCGAAGACACGAGCAUCCUGCAGUACGUGCGCAUGGACAUUGUCCUCGUCAACGAGAACCCGCCCAGCCUCUCGCUGGACCCAUGCGAGUGCACUGGGCAGACAUUGGCCGGCGCACCAGAGGGAUACGGCUCGUUUUGCUUCAACCACGCAAACCCGUUCCCGGACGAGAACGGGCCCUUCUGCUUCGUGCGCCCGUCAUGUCCAAAGGCGCAGGCGACAGUGCAAGGCCUCUUCUUCGCGUACUGCUCUGAGCUGCAGUACACCGAGGGGCAGGCGGCGCUUCGCCUGGCUGGAAACGGCUCCAUCUCCGACAACGACGACCCUGCCCGCUUCCCGCUGUACAGUCUGCAGGCUGUCCUGGUCGACGCUGAGCCACAGGAGCGGCUCUUCCUUCUGGAGGACGUGGCCACACCUGCCGGCCUCAACGUCACCUACAACGCAACUUCGGGCACCUUGCGCGUUGCUGGCGAGGCGCACCUCUCCACAUACGUGGCCGUGCUGCAGCAGCUCGCGUACACCAACAACGCGGAGGAGCCUCUCGACCAGAACCGGCGCGUGCUGGUCACGGUCUACGAUGGUGCAUCAGACAGCAACACGGUUUCGCGAAUCAUUGAGGUCAACCUCAUCAACGACCAGACGCCCGUGGUUGAUCUGAGCGGCGACGCUGCUGCGGGCAUCGACUACGACAACGUCACCUUUGUGGAAGAGGGCGCGGACGUCAGCGUGGUGGAUGCGCAGCGCCUGACGGUGCGCGACGAUGACUCUGGACCUUUCCUCAUGCAGUGGGCCAGCGCCACCAUUGUCAACGGCCAGGACGGCAGCGCAGAGCAGCUGUACGUCACGGCAACGUCGCCCAACAUCACGUCCGUGGUGUACACGCCAGCAAACUACACGCUGGAGCUGCGCGGUGCGGCGGAGGCGAGCGAGUACGAGCGUGUGCUGCGCACGCUCAUGUACGGCAACAGCGCGGACGAGCCGCAGCCGCCGACAGAGCGCAACAUCAGCGUUGUGGUCGCAGACGACAGCCACGUGAGCGCGGCGGCGGUGAGCAGGUCGACGGCGUUUGUGUCGUUUAUGGGCGUGAACGAUGCGCCGAUCCUCGACCUUGACGCGUCGUCGCCCGGCAGCGGGUACAAGGCGGUGUUUGUUGAGGAGCAGGGCGCGGUGGCUGCUGUGUCGCCAACGGACCUUGUGCUGAUUGACGUGGACAACGCGACGGUGUCUGGGGCGUGGGCGCGGCUGUGGAGCGCGGAGAGUGCGAGCAACGCCGACGCGCAGGAGCUUGUGACCGACACGAGCGGGACGGGCCUGUCGUGGUCGUACGACAGCGCUUCCCGGGUGCUGAGCGUGAGUGGUGUUGGGACGACGGCUGAGUAUGCGACGGUGCUGUCGCGCGUGCAGUACAACAACAUGGAGGAUGAGCCGCACCCAGCGAACCGCACGGUGACGUUUACGGUGUCUGAUGGGCUUGCGACCAGCACGCCCGUGAACAGCACCAUCCGCAUCCUCCUCACCAAUGACCCGCCGCGCCUGUACCUGAAUGGCAGCGCCAUCGUCCCCGAUACCAGCAUCGUGUAUGACGAGGGCGAGGGCCUGCGGCAACUCUUUGACAAUGUGCUCGUGCAAGAGGAUGACGUUGGCGACCUCAUCACUCAGGCUGUGCUUGAGAUCACCAACCCGCAGAACGGCAAUCUGGAGAGCAUGGCGCUCCUCUCGUUUGUGGGCGCAUCCGUUCAGCUUGGCCCGGCCUCGCUGACCCUGACCAAGCCCGACGGCGUCGCGGCGUGGAUUCAGAUUCUGGAAACGGUCGCAUACACCAACGACGCCAAGGCCCCGCGCGGCGAGGUGCAGCGCGUCAUCACCGUGCGCAUCAAGGACCUUGCAGGCGCGUGGUCAAACACGGCGUCCUGCUUUGUCACCAUCAUCGAGCGCAACGACUCUCCUGUGCUGACCAGCACCGCAUUUGCGCUGGCGGACGAAUUCGAGGAUGAGACAGACACCACCGCAACACCUCUGGCCGCGCUGAUUGGCCCAUCCAUCACAGAUGCUGACGCAGAUACCCUCGCUGGUAUUGCUGUCACGGGCUUUGACACAGAUGGCGGCCGCUGGCAGCUGUUGGUGAACAACACGCUGUGGGUGGACAUCCCCGUUGUGUCGCCAGCAUCCGCACUGCUGCUGCCACUGGACGACGCUGUCAUUCGCUUCGUGCCCUUGCCAGACUUCAAUGGCGUGCAAACGCUCUCCUUCCGCGCAUGGGACCAGACAGAGGGCGAGGCUUACAACUACACGGACACGACGGCCGCAGCAGCAUCGGCAUUUAACGCCUUUAGCGCCUCUGUCGGCACGCUGUCCAUCAACGUGCUCCCACUUAACGACCGCCCACUCCUCAACGCCACCCGCGUUGCCGCCUUCCCAGACAUCAACGAGGACGUUCCUGUUGCCGACAACACUGGUGCGUCGCUGGCUUCGCUCGUCGUGGGCGCUAUCGACGACAUUGACGCGGGUGCUGUGCCUGGCGUGGCUGUUGUGGAAGCAGACGUCAGCAACGGUGCUUGGCAGUUCUCCCUGGACGGGGGCUCAUCCUGGACAACCGCAAACGUGAGCAGCGCGCAGUACCUGCUUCUGGACGCCUCCAGUGCACAGACGCGCCUGCGCUUCCUGCCAAACCUGCAGUUCCACGGCACCACGUCCCUCACCGUGCAGGCCUGGGAUCAGACCGACGGCGAGGCAAGCGGCUCCUACGUCAACUCGACACGUGCCGAUGCGCCAACGUCACCGUUCAGCCUGGCCCACGCCCGCCUCUUGCUCACCGUCCUGCCUGUGAAUGACCAACCCGUGCUCAACGCCACGGCAGCCACGGCAGUGAGCCUCACCCCGAUCAUGGAGGAUGUCCCGUCAGCCGCCAACACCGGCGACGCUGUGUCAUCGCUGCUCGAGCGCGUGGUGGUGGACUUUGAUGCGGACGCCGUUCUGGGCGCCGUCGUGACCGCUGUCGAUGACACCAACGGUAUCUGGGAGUACCGGGGCAUGUAUGCCAGCGCGUGGCGCGCCAUGACGCCGCCCAGCGGCAGCGGUCUGCCGCUCCUGCUCAAGGGCACUGCGCGCGUGCGCUUCCGCCCCGGCCUCAACUUCCAUGGCAAUGCCACGUUCACCUUCCACGCGUGGGACCAGAGCAGCAACUCCACAAACGUCACGUCCGCGCUUGGCGACAUGACGGCGGCCAUCAGUGACGCCAGCGCCAUGGCAGCAAUCACCGUGCUGCCCGUCAACGACGCGCCAACCUUCACCGGCGUGCCGCUGCGCCUCAACAGCAUCUUCGAGGACGUGCCUGCACGCAACAACUUGGGCACGACCAUCGCUGACAUUGUCGACGCCGGCGUGAUGGACGUGGACGAGGAUACGGAGCUUGGCCUCGCGGUCGUCGACUCGAGGGUGGAAGGCGGCUCAUGGGAGUACCAGGUGGUUCCUGGUGGCAACUGGUCCACCUUCUUCGGCACCAUCCUCAUCAACGGUGCGCGCUACCCCGAGUAUGCGACGGAGCGCCGUGCAACGCUGCUUGGCCCCGACGCCCGCAUCCGCUUCCUGCCCGAUCGCAACUUCAACGGCGUGGCCACGCUUGUUGCCAAGGCCUGGGACAUGACCGCUGGGUACUCUGGACAGUUCAACGUCGACACGCGAAACGCAGUGCCCACAGGUGCGUUCAGCCUGAACACGACGCAGGUCAGCAUCGACGUCGAGUCCGUCAAUGACAUCACACAGUUGCAGCUCAACGCAACGGGCAACGCCACAAACGCCUUUGUCACGUUUGUCGAAGGCUCUGACGGAACCCUGGUGACGGAGGGUGUCACCCUCACGGAUGAGGACGACACGCACCUGGCCUGGGUCGAGCUGCUCCUGGCUGACAUUGAAGACGGCACAGACGAGACGCUCACCGUGCACAUGGUGAACAGCACGGCCAACGUCACGCUGACAGCGGUGCGCAUGGGCAUCAACAACGACAUGCUGCGCCUGACCCUGAGCGGCAGCGGCCUGUCCCUUGACAUGGCUGCGUUGCUCCUGGAGAGCACGACGUACAGCAACGCGGCGCUGGAGCCUGUCGUGGGCGAGCGUGUUCUCACCGUCUCCGUGAGCGACGGCCUCAACCCGGUCUCCGCACAGACGCGCAUCAAUGUCGUUCCCAUCAACGACAACGCGCCCCUCAUCUCCAACGUGACCACGGACCUCGUUUAUGACGAGAACUCUGGGUUCGUGCACGUUUCCCCCUGGCUGCAGCUCUCGGAUGACGACCACAACGACCUCUUCUUCAUGGAUAAGGCGCUGCUGGAGCUGGAAGACCCACGCACAACCGAAGUGCUGCGUGUCGAUGCGCAGAGUGCAGCUGCAUCCCUGCCUGGACUGCAGGCGUCAUUCGCCAACGGCGUCCUCACCCUCAACGGCCCUCUCUCCGUCAACGACAUGCAGGCGGUGCUGCGAGAGGUGGAGUAUGCGGACGAGGCGGAGGAGCCCGAUCCGGACGCACGCCGUAUCCAUCUCACAGUCCUGGACGAUGACUUCAUCUCAAACGAGGUGGUGUUUGAGCUCGAGAUGGCUCUCAUCAACGACCAGACGCCCGUGGUUGAUCUGAGCGGCGACGCUGCUGCGGGCAUCGACUACGACAACGUCACCUUUGUGGAAGAGGGCGCGGACGUCAGCGUGGUGGAUGCGCAGCGCCUGACGGUGCGCGACGAUGACUCUGGACCUUUCCUCAUGCAGUGGGCCAGCGCCACCAUUGUCAACGGCCAGGACGGCAGCGCAGAGCAGCUGUACGUCACGGCAACGUCGCCCAACAUCACGUCCGUGGUGUACACGCCAGCAAACUACACGCUGGAGCUGCGCGGUGCGGCGGAGGCGAGCGAGUACGAGCGUGUGCUGCGCACGCUCAUGUACGGCAACAGCGCGGACGAGCCGCAGCCGCCGACAGAGCGCAACAUCAGCGUUGUGGUCGCAGACGACAGCCACGUGAGCGCGGCGGCGGUGAGCAGGGUGCGCAUUGAGCUGACCAACGACGCGCCCGUGAUUGACCUGAGCGGGCCCAGUGUGCCUGGGCGCGACGUUGUUGCGCAGUACCGCGAGGGCCAGGGCGCGCUGUCGCUCGUGGACAGCAGCGCCGCGCGCAUCUCGGACGACGAUGACACGGAGCUGGCGUACGUGAGCGUGUCGAUUGUGCCUCGCCCGGACGCGGAGGCUGAGGUGCUUGCGUUUGACGCUGGCGUCCUGAGCGGGGCCGGCAGCGGCAUCACGGUGAACGCGACGAGCGCAGGCGUGGUGCUGCGUGGCCCCGCAAGCGUGGGCGCGUUUGAGGCCGUGCUGCGGACGCUGACGUACGAGAACACAAUGGCCAAGCCCGGGCGGCCGAGCACGGCGCUGCGGCACGUGGAGGUUGUUGCCGAGGACGUGCGCGGCGGCGUGUCGCUGCAGUCGACGGCGUUUGUGUCGUUUAUGGGCGUGAACGAUGCGCCGAUCCUCGACCUUGACGCGUCGUCGCCCGGCAGCGGGUACGAGGCGGUGUUUGUUGAGGAGCAGGGCGCGGUGGCUGCUGUGUCGCCAACGGACCUUGUGCUGAUUGACGUGGACAACGCGACGGUGUCUGGGGCGUGGGCGCGGCUGUGGAGCGCGGAGAGUGCGAGCAACGCCGACGCGCAGGAGCUUGUGACCGACACGAGCGGGACGGGCCUGUCGUGGUCGUACGACAGCGCUUCCCGGGUGCUGAGCGUGAGUGGUGUUGGGACGACGGCUGAGUAUGCGACGGUGCUGUCGCGCGUGCAGUACAACAACAUGGAGGAUGAGCCGCACCCAGCGAACCGCACGGUGACGUUUACGGUGUCUGACGGGCUUGCGACCAGCACGCCCGUGAACAGCACCAUCCGCAUCCUCCUCACCAACGACCCGCCGCGCCUUGCCGCCUCGAGCAACCUUCGCAACGUGUUUGAGGACGCGGCGUUGGCCGUGUUCCCCGACCUGGUUUUGGAGGAUGACGACAGCGACUCGCUCUCCUCUGCUGUGUUCCGCAUCCUCAACCCCGUCGAUGGCGUUCUGGAGCGAGUGUACCUGCCUGCUGAUGUUGCUGUGCCUUCUGGCCUUGAGCUGCGGGACAACGACACCAACAGCAUGAGUGUUGUCGGUACCGCGCCUCUGUCAACGUGGCAGGACGUCCUCUCGUCCGUCCACUACCGCUCGCUCUCACAGCAGCCAUACCCGGCUAUUCGCGAGGUGACACUGCAGGCGCGUGACGACAUGAACGCCACCAGCAACACGGUGCGCGCGAACAUUGGUGUGUCGACGCAAAAUGACGCGCCGCGCCACCGCUCCAGCUACCCGUACGACGAAACAGUGUCUGUGCUUGAGGAUGGCGUGCUCGUUCUGCCCUCGCUGCGGUACUUCCACGAUCCGGACGACGUGCUGCAGCCGAGCGGCGUCGUCGUGACGCCUUCACCCCAUCACGGUACAGCCCAGGUGAACAUGACCAACGGUGAUGUUGUGUACACGCCCGACGCCAACUACUUUGGCAGCGACUCGUUUGGCUUCCUCGUGUGCGACAGCAAGCAGGCGUGCUCCCCAGCCACCAUUGACGUGGCUGUGCAGCCUGUGAACGACCGACCAACGGCCGAGAACCUGACGGUGACCGGCCCCGAGGACACGCUGUUUGUGAUUGAUCUCCUUUCGCUGGUGGACGACGUGGAGGAUGCUGCCGAGCUCUGGCGCGGCCUGAGCAUUGUGAGCGAGCCCGGCCGCGGGCGCCUCGUUGGCUGGCUUGCAGGCGACGGCACCAGCACCACCACAUCCACCGCUGCAUCGACGCUGUCUUCAACGACGAUGGAUGGCUCUGGGAUGGACGCCACCAUGCCCCCGAUGUCCGGUGACGGUGGUUCUGGCGAUACAACCACCACCGCCACUACCACUACCACGAGCACGAGCACGACAGCAACGACGACGACGACCAUGACCACGUCCUCUUCGUCGUGGUCACUGGACAUGGGCUCUGGUGACACUUCUUCUUCUUCUUCUUCAACAACGACAACGGCCACGACAACAACCACAGGAUCUGGUAUGUCACCACCAGUGUUCAGCACGACAACUACCACGACAACCACUGCACCGGGCAGCACAACGGCCUUUGCUGGAUCCGUGACGCCCGCACCCCCGACAGAACCCACGCUGCCGGACACCCUAUUUGAGCCGACACUUGGGCUUGUGGGGUACAUUCCCGAUGCGCACUACCACGGGGAGGACGCGUUCCGCUUUGAGGUGUGCGAUCCAGAGGGCCUGUGCUCGCAGGCUGUGAUCUCACUGGUGAUUGAGAGCGUCAACGACGUGCCUGUCGCCGUGAGCAUUGCGCUGACCACCGAGGAGGACAUGGCCGUUGCUGUGGACGUUGGCCCGUACGUCGCUGAUGUGGAGGAUGCCGACACGUCCCUGGCGCUGACGGUGACGCAACCAACCAGCGGCACGGGCAUUGCUGCCGGCAACACCAUCACAUACCAGCCAAACGCGCAGUUCACGGGCCAGGACGCCUUCACGUACACGGUGUGCGACCGCGACGGCGCGUGCGCAACGGCAAAUGUGAGCGUGUUCGUGCACGCCAUCAACGACCGCCCGCGCGCCGCCAACAUCACUGGCGAGCUGCUUGAGGAUUCAUCGCUGACCCUGAACCUCGUAGACCUCGUGUUUGACGUGGAGGACCAGCUCGACGGCAUGGACGUCACCAUCACCGAGGACGUGCAGAGCGGCGCGCUCACGUACGACGCCAACUCGGGCAUUGCGCUGUAUGUGCCCGAUGAGAACUUCAACGGCUGGGAUGGCUUCACGUACCGCGUGUGCGACACGCAGGGGCUGUGCAGGGUUGGCCGCGUGGACCUGACGGUGUGGGCGAUGAACGACGUGCCCGUGACCUCCACGGCGACGCUGACGGUGCGCGAGGACGAGGCACACGCGCUGGCGCUGCGCCCGUACGUGUCCGAUGUGGAGGACAACGCGGCGGACCUGCAGUUCACCGUGGCCGUUGCCCCACUCCACGGCACGGCCAGCAUCGACGCCAGCACGGCCGUGCUCACGUACACGCCUGCCAGCGACUACUCUGGCCUGGACACGGUGCGCUACCGUGUGUGUGACACGGAGGGCGCGUGCGCGCGCGGCGAGGUCGACAUCACGGUGACUGAGGUCAACGACGCACCGGUGGCGUCGGAUGUGGCGACCACCACGCCGGAGGACACGCCACUGCUGCUCCUCGCAAGGGACUACGUGGUGGACGUGGACGACGACGUUGCGGACCUGUCCGUGACCGUGGGCGCGCCAACGACGGAGCAUGGCACGCUGCGCGUGGACACACGCACGGGUAUCAUCUCCUACACCCCGGACGACAACUUCCACGGCACAGACGCGUUCAACUUCACCGUGUGCGACCUUGCUGGCCUGUGCGACACUGCCAGUGUCAGCGUGGAGGUGCUGAGCGUCAACGACGCACCCACCGUGGCCGAUGUGCAGGAGAACGUGCUUGCAGGCACGGCCAUUGUGCUUGACGUUGUGUCGCUUGCGGAGGACGUGGACGAGGAGCCGCCGUCCGACCCGAACCACGUGCUCAACCCGCUCUCCGUGCGCGUCACGCGCCAGCCGGAGAACAACCUGGCCUUUGUGGAGGUGGUGGACGGGCGUGCCGUGGUGACAUACGUUGCGCAAGAGACCACGUCCACGUACGGCUUCUUCGGCACGGAGACGUUUGAGUUCGAGGUGUGCGACAAGUUCCAGGAGUGCGCGCGCGGCACGGCGACCAUCACAGUUGACUUUGAGGGCCCCGCCGUGGCCUCGGUUGUCGCAUCUGACCCGGACGACGGCGACUUCACCUUCUCCACCGGAGACGAGAUUGUGGUCACGUUCAGCGAGGCCACCAACAUGCCGUUUGGCACCUCGCUUGACGAGGAGGACGUGGCGCAGCUCCUUGAGCUACCGACCGCCCUCGCCUUCUCCGGCCGCUUCACGGGCGCAUGGGCAAGCCCGACGGAGCUCGUGCUCACCGUGGCGCAGUGCCUCACGUGCCGUGGCGAGGAGACGGGCUUGCAGUUUGACACAACACCGCCGGCCGUGAGCCUCAUCUUCAUGGACCAGUUUGCUGGCGAGCGCAUUCGCGUGCGCGCCGAGGGCGGCCUGCGCAACGCCGCAGAGACGUCGCUGCCGUCCACGGCGGUGGCACCGCGCUUCACGGGCGACUGGGGCCGUGCUCAGCCGCAGGUCACCACGAUUGAGGUGAGCUCGCCAACGGACGUGAGCCCGUCCGAGGCCGGCUUUGCGCUGCCAACGGGCACGCAGCUGGUGCUGUCGUUCAACGGCCCUGUGAACCGCCUCGCGUGCACGGAGCUGACGGCCGAGGACUUUGACCUGGUGUUCCUGCAGCAGGUGCUGAGCCGCGGCGACGACGACGCGCUCACGGCUGACCUCGGGUCCGUUGUUGGCCGCUGGGUGGUGGCUGGCAGCGACGAGUGCCCGCUGACGGAGGACGAGGCGAUGCAGCUGGGUGCAAACGGCGGUGCUGUGACUGCACGACGCCGCCGCGCAGCCAACGUGCCCACGUACGCAGACUCACUCAUGCUGUACGUGGUUGACGCCAGCACACAGACGCUGCCGUCUGUGUCUGACCUGACGCUCUUCCUGAGUGUGGAUGACACGUCGCUCGGCACGGAGUUCAACAACUACCUGCAGUCGUCCUCGCAGACCACGCGCAAGGUGAUUGACGUCAUGGACCCGAACUUCGACCCCGUGACGGAUGCGUCCACAACCAACGAGGGCGUGUAUGUCGUGACAUUUGUGGCCGCCGACCCCGACAACCGCGACUCGGAGUUCUCCGUGGGCGACACGCUCACGCUGACGUUCAACACGGCCGUGGUGAGCAGGGACGUGAGCACGAAGCGCGCCAUUGACGAGGCACUCGUGUUUGAGCAGGAGGGUGUGGCCGUGGACAUUGCGGAUUACGAGGGCGAGUUCACGGCGCCAGAUACGCUGGUGAUCACCGUCCUCAACGCGACGAGCAACAUUGUGCCUGCUGUUGGCGGGAUGCGCGUGCGCAUGCUGCCGGAGACGUUCGUCGCCGCAAACGACGAGAGCGUGGUGAACGUGCAGUCCGGCCGGCUGCUGGAGGGCGACUUUGGCAGCCCGCGCGAGACCAGCGCCAUGUACUACGUGGCGCCCGUGCUGCUGUUUGUGAUUGCGGGCCUGUUUGCGCUGUUUGCCCUCUUCAAGCAGAAGCGCGCGGAGGACAAGCGCAAGAUGUCCGCAGCCGUUCUCACGAGCGGACAGGAGCAGACGUGGAUGCAGCCGCCACCAGCGGUCACCAUGCGCAAGACACAGGACCCCUUCACCAACUUUGACACGCUCGGUGCCAGCCAGCACGGCAGCGCAGCAGCAGCGGCGGCCUCGUCCACAAAGCCACAAGAGAAGCGCGUGUCUGUGCCGCGGCUGUCGUUUGACGCCAACGCGCACCGCUCGCUGCCUCAACCGCCGUCGCAGCAGCAGUUCUCGCCGCGCCGCCGCCCAUCACUCAUCGCUCGCUCGGGAUCAACAUCCUCCCAGCAGCAGCAGCAGCAACAGCAGCAGUCAAACCCGCUGUCUCCAGUUGCUGUUCCGCCCCUGCGCCGGGACAGUGCAGGCGAGGGCGCCGUGCCCCGCCGCUCCAACAUGCCCAAGGGCUCACUGCCACCACUUCGCACGCAAGACCCCUUCCGUGCUGCCAGCGGGGCGCCGCAUUUCCUGCCGCCACUGGCCAAGCGGCCUGGCGCAGGCACCACGCGCCCGCCAAGCCUGUCCCGCCCGCCGCCACCAGCAGCUGGUCGGCUGGCGUCGCUCUCACGUGCACCGGGACAGGGCGGGGCCAAGCGGCCGUCACUCGCUGCACCGCCACGCCCGUCGCUGCCGAGCCUGAGGCGCGGGCCACCAACCAUGAGGCCGCCGCCAGGCACACGGGGCGACAGCAAGCAGUAA